AUGGAUGAAGAAAGUGAGAAAUGGGCCAGAAUCCUGUGGGACUACCUUUGUUUGCAUCAGCCUCUGAAAAAAAGUGACGUGAUAAUUGGACUUGGUUGUCAUGACCUGCGGGUUGCAGAGAGGUCAGCGACUCUAUUUUUAGAGGGAUGGGCUCCAUGGCUUCUCUUCACCGGCAACCUGGGCAAACAGACAGCAGGCGUUUGGACCAGACCGGAGGCUGAUGUCUUUCUGGAUGUUGCACUUCGGAUGGGAGUUCCAAGGAUGAACAUCUUGCUGGAGACAGAAGCUACAAACACUGGGGAGAAUAUCCGCUUCUCUCACAGGGUCCUCAAGGAAAGAAACAUUCCAGUCUCCAGUGUCAUCCUUGUGCAGCAGCCCUUCAUGGAACGUCGAGUUUAUGCCACCUUCAUGCGCCAAUGGCCUGACCUGAGAGAGCUCAAACAUGCCAUUGUGACUUCACCCCAGUUAAGCAUCUUUGAAUACCCUCAUCCAACUGUGGGCACAGCCUCUGAUCUUAUCUGCUACAUGCUUGGUGUGGUGGAGAGAAUCAGGGACUAUCCUGAUAAAGGCUUCCAGGUGGAACAGCAGAUUUCUACCAGCGCCCUCUCUGCAUACCACUGGUUUCUCCAGGCUGGCUACUGUCCCAAGUAAACAACGCACACUACACUGGUGUUAAAACUGCAGGUACCAUUUAAAUCAGCAGUAUGGGGAUGUCCCCCAGGGUCCACGCAGUUAUGUUCA